CGGAAUUCAAAGUGUUUGUUACGGAAACGGAUUCGCGCACAAGAAAAAAACCGGCAAAAAGUUAAUAAGCGUUAUAACGUCAGCAGUACGAUCUCUCCUUCACAGUGUUUUAAAUUGUGAUUAAACAAUAUAUUCAUAUAUAUAUAUAUAUAUAUAUCAAAUGUUUACAUACUCGUAUGUACGCUGUUGUGCUAAUAAAUACAUAGAGUGAAGUGCAUAAAUGAAAAGCAAGAAAAAAUCCAAUUACUUGUAUGCAAACAAGUUUUGAUCUUACAUAAAUAAUUAAUGUUUAAUUAAUUCAACACACACGUCAAUAUCGAGAUGAGUCUACCACAGACGACAAUGACACAACUCGCCACGAGAAGAAGGCAUGCUCAUGGAGGGCUCAGUAAGAGCCAAUUUAUGCUCUUUAUACUUUUAAACGUGUUAUGGACAAUAGAAGCUGCACCAAAACCGUUACCCAACAGUAUCGAUGAUUACGACUUUCGACGCAAUGAUGCCGUCGAGUAUGGUGCACCGUUAAUUACACCACUGCUAGAUGAUGUUAUACUCGAACGCAACACAAACUACACAAUACGUUGUGAGGCCAAUGAGACAAUCGAUUGGAAAGUACCAUUUUAUACAUACAACAAUGCGGUGCAAACAUUCGACACCGGCGAUGCCAAACGUCCCUAUGGCAGCAUACUAUAUCUAAUGGAUAUUUCGCACUCCAAUUUGGGUAAUUACUAUUGCGUAAAGAAGUCAAGUGUGAAAAAUGGCAUAGAUAAUGUGUCGGAUGAGGAACUGGUAGAAUUGGUUAAUAACAAUAAAGCAUCAUCAAUUUAUAUAUACGUGAAUGAUCCGUCAUAUUUAAUAUCGCAAAACGAGUUUCCCGUGAUAACCGCCUAUCAAUAUCAGGACACAGUGAUACCGUGCAAGCCAACAAUGCCUGACAUUGAAGUACUCCUAACAACAUCGCAUGGUGAAACAUUUUCCAGUGAAAGUACCGGCCGCUAUCAUCCACAGCGCGGUUUCGUCGUCGAAAUACGCGGCAUUACGGACAGCGGCAGCUAUAUAUGCCGACCAAAAGUGCCGUCGCCCGAAAAUGAAGAGGAGGAAAUAACCUUUGAGAUCCAUUUUGUUGGUAACGAACCUAUUAAUCCAACGGAAAAACCAUCGGUGGAGGUUACACUAGCUACAAUCGAUAGCAAAAAUAUCGUUAGCAUCGAAACGAUAACGCACAACGUCAAACAAAAUAUAACCUUAAAAUCUAAACGCAUUUAUAUACCCAGAACAAGCCGAAGCACGAAAUACAAUACAAAUAUGAAUUUGGAUGUGGAUGGGGAUGUGGAUGUUGAUAUUAAUGUUGGCUCUUUUAAUUAUGGUGCUGGAAAUAAUACUGAUGAGUAUAAGCAAAUGUUUGGCGCUGAAAAUUCUAACCAAAAAAUCCUAACAGAUGUUGUGGGUGUUGCUGCUAAUGCUAAUGGUGACGGUUACAGUACAACACACGCGACAACUAUAAAAAAUUUUAAUGAAAAUUUGGUGAAUAUUAAAAAUGGCGAAAAUAUUAUUUAUGAACAACAUCGUUCAAGCUCAAGCUCAAGCGUCACAAAGCGCCCUGCGCUUCUUAAACGCGUUGCGCCAACUACACGAUGGCAGGCUUCAAGAGUCUCUAAUUCAGGGCGCUCGAGUACGAAAUAUAUCGAAAAGCCGAUUAUAACCUCAAAUUCCCGUGGACAUGUGAUCGUUGGCGAAAAUUUCACUCUGGACUGCUAUGUUAAAAUCGCCUUUGAUGUUUCCUACAAUCAGGAAUGGCAAACACCAGCAGGAAUUGAUGAGACGCGCAUGAUAAAAUCCAAACCCACUUUUUUGAAUUCAACCUCAACACAUGAGCUGGGCGUUGGAAAACUCACUAUAUUGAAUGCACAAAAAUCGGAUUCGGGACUGUACGAAUGCAUCUGCACUGAUCACUCGAACAAUGUGGGACGCAACACUUAUCAAAUGACAGUUUUGGAUCGCGAUGAGGGCUAUAUAAACAUCAGCGAACCUUCGGGUUAUUACAAAAUCGCCGGUAGUGCGAACAAAAAGAUACAGAUCAAUGUUAAAUAUCGUGGUUAUCCAUUUCCCACGCUCACCUGGCAUAAGCCGGACAAAACCCAAAUAUAUCCGUCGAAAAAAUACAUCAUCAACACCACCGACACAUCGAUAACGCUGCAAAUAUUGAACGCCCAAUUGGAGGAUAGUGGUCAAUAUGUCAUCCGCGCUAAGAAUGAAUUGAAAGUGGAAGAAUUGCAGUUCGAUGUGACAGUGAACGACAAACCGAAAGUCACCUUGGAUGAUGUUUACGUACAGGCCGGUGAGGAGGCUCAUCUACAGUGCAGAGUCUUAGCGCAUCCAAUGGCUAAUGUGUCGUGGGUCUUUAAGCCGUGCAGCAUAACGCCACGUUGGCCAUCAUGUGAUAAGCGGCUGGAACAAAGUUUUAAUUCCACAGGUAGUGCAAUCUCUGGAAAACUGCCCAUUGAACGGAUAUACGAACUCUACUUUACGCCUGUUGAGCCGGGUAUCAUGCAUUGUUUGGCCAAAAAUACGAAGGGCAAUGUAGAGGGCAGAGGUCAUAUUCUGAUAGGGGACAUAAAUGAUAAUAUGACGAUAUUUGGUACGGAUGAGAAUAAGAAAAUUGCACGCGGCGACGAUGUGACGCUCACAUGUGCUGCGUUGUCCUAUUACUUCUCUGACGAUCUCGACUGGUACAAGGAUGACGAACUGGUGGAAGAGGGCAACAAUUUUGUCAUCACCAACUCCACCACCCGCUACUCAUACCAAAAAACUCUGACGAUCAAAAAUAUACAAGAUCGCGAUCAAGGCAGUUACGAGUGUCGUGCGCGAAAUGCUAACUAUCACGAUCUGAAGGAAAGCAAAUAUAGAAGUAUUUUUGUUAACGAACCUCUGGCACCCACAAUACGCAACAAUUGGAAUGACAGUGACAAAUUGGAGCGAAAACUUGGCGACGCCUUAGAAUUGCAAUGCACACCGGAGGCCAUACCAGCGGCUGAAGUGCAUUGGUACAAAGAUGAUAACGAGCUCAGCAACAACAGCUCUGUGGCCAUUGAGGAAGAAGGUAGCAAAUUGUUCAUUCAAUAUUUAAAGCCCGAGCACGAAGGUGUAUUCAAAUGUGUGGCCAUUAACCGGUUGGGUUCGACGGAGUCCAGUACGUCUGUCAAAAUUACAAAUCUACCAGGCCUCCGUACUGGCUGGAUAAUUGCCAUAAUAAUAUUUUUCAUCAUACUCAUUGCAUUGGUCAUCUAUCUAUGUGUGCGUGUUAUGCGCGAACGUAAGCGCCUGCGUGACUAUAAAGCAGCUGGUUUGGCGAAUUUCGAAGAAGGUGCCGUUGAACAUAUAAAUCCGGCGUUGACACUGGACGAACAAGCCGACCUGUUGCCAUAUGAUCGUUCAUUUGAGUUUCCGCGUGACAAACUCAAGUUGGGCAAACAAUUGGGCGCUGGCGCUUUUGGUGUGGUCUUAAAAGCACACGCCGAAGGCAUACGACCCGACGAAAAGGAAACGGUGGUGGCGGUGAAAAUGGUUAAACGCAUUGCCGAUAACGAGGUGAUGCGUGCUUUGGUGACGGAAUUGAAAAUUCUAGUGCAUCUCGGCCCCAAUUUGAAUGUGGUGAAUCUUUUGGGUGCCGUUACGAAGAAUAUUGCGAAGCGUGAGCUAAUGGUUAUUGUGGAGUAUUGUCGUUACGGUAAUCUACAGAACUUUUUGCUGCGCAAUCGUGAACGUUUCAUAAAUCAAAUAAAUCCUGAAACCGAUAAAAUUGAUCCAACAAUUAUAAAACAGCGAUUUUCGGAUAAUUUCGAGUUGCGCGGUGAUGGAACAAAAUAUGUUAAUUUCACAUUUACAAAUCAUCAUUAUGUCAAUCACAUGAAUAAUAUGAAUAAUAAUUAUACGGCGAAUAAUCGUAGAAACUCCGAUAAUGAUCCACGCUCCGGCACACGACCAGGACGUCCGAAUUCCAGCGGUUAUUUACGGCAAUCGGAUUUGUAUGAAGGCCAAAUGGACAGCUGUGCAACGGAGCAAACUGUAAUGACCACCAUACCAGAGGAUGACGAUCACAUUCUGUCCAACAACUCAAUACAGCCCGCUUGGCGUUCCAAUUACAAACCUGACAGUACCGAGGCCAUGACUAUAACCACAACCGAUUUGGUUAGUUACGCAUUCCAAGUGGCGCGCGGCAUGGACUAUUUGUCGUCGCGCAAAGUGUUGCACGGUGAUCUCGCCGCACGUAAUAUUCUACUCUGCGAGAAUAAUAUAGUGAAGAUUUGCGAUUUCGGCUUGGCGCGUUCCAUGUAUAAGAGUGAGAAUUACAAGAAACAAGGCGAGGCACCAUUGCCCAUUAAAUGGUUGGCAUUGGAAUCAUUUAGCGAUCAUAUAUUUAGCACCUACACCGAUGUCUGGUCGUUCGGUAUUGUUUUGUGGGAAUUCUUCUCACUGGCAAAGGUGCCCUAUCCGGGCAUGGAACCCAAUCAGAGUUUAUAUUUGAAAAUCAAAGACGGUUAUCGUAUGGAGAAGCCACCAUUUGCCAAUGAUGAGCUGUAUGACAUAAUGUUGGAGUGUUGGAGUGCGAAUCCAGAGAGCCGUCCACUAUUUAACGUGUUGGAGAAAUACUUUGCACGCAUGCUGGGUGAUGAUGUGACAAAUCACUACGUUGACUUGAAUGACACAUAUUUACGCGCAAGCACCGACAACUCGAAUCCCAAACAAACCGAUUAUCUAUCGUUAAUGGGUUCACCCGAUGAAUUAGCGCCACCGCCACCGCGCUAUGUCAACGGACAUAUAUUACCGGAAAUACGUAUACAGCCAUCCUCAUCUGAUGACUAUUUGAAUUUGAGCAUCGAUACUGGCACGACCAUUUUCUCACCGACACGUCCAAAAGAUUAUGAUUAUACAAAUGCUGAUACAAAUACAACACCAACUACUACUUCUUUCACCUUCCCAGAUAAUAUAGCACCCGCAGCACCGACAUCGACGUCAACACAACAUUCCCCGACAUUAACAAAUAAUCUCGAUAGUCCAAUGAAUAAGAAUCGCAAGAAGGAUGUUAUACGACCGGAGGAGAUACCUAUGUUGACGGGCACACAUCAUAGUAAUACUUCAGAUGUUGAAGAGAGUCCGGAGCAAGAACGUAAGUUUGCUAAAAAUGUAUUACAACAACAAAUACGCGCCAUACCGACACCAUCGCCGCGACAUCACAUAGCCGAAACGGAGCUGAGCAGCAACGAUAACUAUGUGAAUGUUAAAUCGCCAAAAAAGUUAAAUAAUAACGGCGCGAGAUCGGCUGAAGCAUUUUCAAAUCCAAGUUAUCAAAUACUAAAGACUGGUUCAAAAGAAGUGGGUGAUAAGUGAGGCGCGUUGGCAAAGAGCGAAUUGUAUUUAUGUAUUUAGUUUAAUGUGUAAGUUUUUCAUGCUCAUCGGACAAAUUUCGCCAUGGUUCACUCGCAGUCGAAUUGAAGUCGACUCUAAAAUUAAUCGUCACAUUUUGAGGUUAUAUUAUGUUUACAUAUGUGAAAGGAAUGAAGGAGGUUUAAAAAAAAAACCUAAUAUGAUUUAUUAGUUUCAAAAAUAUAUGA